UUUAACCUGAACACCCUCUUCUACGAUGGCAAAACGACAAGCUACCGAAGCUCUCGAGGAUAUCGCCGGUACAGACUCUCCUGUUUCGAAAAAGUCACGCGUCGAGAAUUUCCACGAGCUUCACAAUGGCUCAGAGCUCCCAGCGCGCACGAAAGAGCAGCCUGUUCAGGAGGAGGAGGAGGAUGAAGAAGACGACAGGAUCGCACCAGUAACCAUACGACAGGCAGCUCCUCUCGAAGGUUUCGAUGAUUUGUAUCUCGACACAAUCAAUCGAAGUCUCCUCGACUUUGACUUCGAGAAGCUGUGCUCCGUGUCUCUCUCCAACAUCAAUGUAUACGCGUGCCUUGUGUGUGGGAAAUACUACCAAGGACGAGGACCAAAAUCGCAUGCAUACUUCCAUGCAUUGGAAGUGGGACAUCAUGUCUACAUCAAUAUGCAGACGCAGAAGGUGUACGUCCUCCCCGAAGGGUAUGAGGUCAAGAACAAGAGUCUGGAUGACAUCAAAUUUGUUUCGGAUCCAACGUAUACGAAAGAAGAGGUGAUGGCGAUGGACCGAAAGUCCCAAACAGCGUGGGCAUUAGGAGGGAAGGAGUAUACGCCUGGUUUCGUGGGAAUGAACAAUAUCAAGGACAAUGAUUACUUCAACGUGGUGGUUCAAGCACUUUCGCAUGUACCUCCAUUACGGAAUUACUUCAUGCUGGAAGACUUUUCAACUCGCCCAGAGCUUGCAAAACGAUUGUCUAUCCUUGUCAGGAAAAUCUGGAAUCCGCGAGCUUUCAAGUCUCACGUCUCCCCUCACGAAUUACUCCAAGAAAUAUCCCUCAAGUCGAGCAAAAAGUUUACACUUACAGCACAGUCCGACCCUGUCGAAUUCCUGUCAUGGUUUCUCAACAAUCUACAUUUGGCAUUGGGUGGAAGCAAGACCAAACCGGGGAGCAGCAUGAUCCAACAGGUUUUCCAAGGAAAGCUGAAGGUCGAAUCACAAGCCAUUACCGCAAAGGCAGAUGCAGGAGAUAGAUUACGAUUUGAAGAGGCCCAGACAGUCCAAACAGAUAUCAAUCGCUUCAUGCUCUUGACCCUCGAUCUUCCCUCCACACCACUUUUUCAAGACGAAUUGGAGAAGAAUAUCAUUCCGCAAAUUCCACUCACCAACAUCCUCAGCAAGUACGAUGGCUUGAAGGCACAAGAACAUCUCAACCAACGAAAGAGAUAUCGCCUCUUACAUCCCUUGCCGCCAUAUCUCCUCUUUCACAUCAAGCGAUUCAGCAAGAACAAAUUCGUUGAAGAGCGGAACCCUACGAUCGUCACCUUCGAUGCACGCAAUCUUGACAUGUCACCAUAUGUUGAGCCAAACCCAGCACUUCACCCACCAGGAGAGCCAAUAUGGUAUGAUUUGGUGGCAAAUAUUGUACAUGAAGCUGUGCGAGGAAGGGAGGAUAGUGUGGAAGGCGAGACAGAGAAGCAUGCAUGGAAGGUACAGACGCAAGAUAAGAGUAGAGAGGAAUGGGUACAAAUCCAAGAUUUGUAUGUGGAGAAGACCCAGAAAGAGCUGCUGUAUCUGGGUGAAAGUUACCUGCAAGUCUGGGAGAGGAGGAGAGAUGGAAAAGGAAAGAAGAGGGCUGGUAAAUAAUAGUUGACAUAGAGAUAUACCCAAUACCAGUCUUGUAGCACGAAACAAAAAGGUUCAAAUAUGGGAGAUGUUUGUAUUUGUACUGUAGAG